AUGGUCCUUCGAGCCGGAUCCCGCAGCACCGCCCGCGGACUCCAGUCCGGCGAGCCGACGAUAUCCGAACAGAUGUCCUUACAGAGUGGAGUUUUAACAAAGACGGCCAAAACAACACCGGGCCUGCACGAACGAGUGAAGAUCUUGAAACAAAAACUAACGGAUAAAAUCAAACAAAAACAAAGGACCCAAUUAAUUUCGCCCAUAAACGAAGAAGUGACAUUCGAUGAGAAUUACGAAUACGUCGAUAUUGAAUCAAUACCGAUCACACCAAUAAUGGACAACAACGAUCGAAAAAGGAAUGGCAAAUUUAAACUUCCGGAAAUUAAAACAACCACUGCAAUGCCGGUCAAGAUUCCCAGCAAUUCAGAUCUGAUAAGUGAAUCAGUUAAACCUUUAAGGACGCGAACAAAGAAAUAUAAAGCGCAGACAGCAAUAGAUAUAUUCUAUAGGAGAAAGGUACCGAGCAAUAUUAGAGAUGUACCGAUACAAUGGAUGCAGUGUCAAGAUCUGGUGACGCCAUAUUUGGUCGGCCAUAAGAAGGAGUUAGGCUCGCCGAAAUCUGUCAAAAUUGAUGAUCCGACGGUUAUGAGGCUCAUACAACUGAUUAGCGUCAAUACAACUGGUCAUACAAAGGAAGAUAUCUUUUCCAUAUUGUUUCAAAUUAGUAAUUUGCAAUUACGCUUUUUCCAAUGGGACAUCACUGCUAUCAAAACAUUGUUGAACACGAUAAUAAAUGAGAAGAGGCACUCCUUUAGAAGUUUGAAAUAUGGGCUAAAAGCACUUUUUAAGAGUUGGCACUUGGAUUUAAGAAAUUCGAGUAAUAUUUUAAAACAGUCACGAAUAUUUCGUCCGCCGUGUGUGACUAUGAAUGGACACGAAGGAUCAACCAGAACAUCUAAAUAUAUAAGAUACACAAAACCCAAACCUCAGUAAUCGACAUGUGCCGAGUUGGAUUCGGACCCAUGCCUAGACUGAUGUUAAG